CUUUGCGUACAGUUUUCUCAUUUCAAAUCCUCAUCGAUCCUGCGACUUUGCCCUCUACCCCAAACCUUCCAAAUCAAAUUUUUGAAUAACAAAGGAGGUGUACUCCAAAAAGUAAUCAAAAUUGUCAGGAGGAUAUCUUGGUGGAACUCGAAAUUUUUUCAUUCACCGAAAUGAACAUCAUUUUUGUUAUUAUUUUUGCAACAAAUCGGAUUUGUGGAAAUUUUAGUGGAAGGUUUUACGCCAUUGUAGGGGAACUCAGUGGUGCUCAAUCCAGCAGACUGUCAAAGUCAUAUGGAUCGAGAUAACCUGUCACCAUUACCGAAAACAACUCCAUUUCCAAUUUUUUAUUCCCCCAUUCCUGAUAUUUUCAUUAAUUUUUGUUGUGAAUUUUUAUUUUCCCGAUGAAAUGAUGACCUCUAGUUUUGAUUUUGUCCAGUUAUUGAGACAGUCAACUCGUGGUUUAAUGAGAAAUAAUUAUUAUUAUGUACUUGCGAUUGUGUUUGUGCAUUAUGCUGGGUUGAGGUUGAGGAAGUUGAAAAAUAAUCGUGUGGAGAUUCGAGUUUUGCCGGAUGAUGUUUUUAGGAAAAUUGUCGGUGGUUUUUCAGUGGGGAGUGAAGGGUAUGUUGAUGGUACUUGUUGUGUAAUGGGGAGUGGGAGGUUCCUGGGGGAGUGGGUGAAUAUUUGUUGUGAAGAGUCCCCGAAGAAAUACAGAACUAGAUUUUUGAAUAUCCAGAGAGAUGAGAGGGUUGUUUACUUAUCGGAAACUCUGUUAUUCAAUGUUGAAAAUUUACUAGGGUGCCAGGAUCCUUCCAAGUAUUUUUUUUUGCCUGCAAGUAAUGAGUCCCUUCACUUUGCCGAUGAAGUAAGGAUAUCCAUGAUAUCGAAUCCACACGAGUGUUCUACCGAUUUAAUCGACGGUGUCUUGAAAAACUUCUUCUCCAAUCCGAAAUAUCUUCGUAAAAACGACGUAAUUACUGCUGACAUCAGGGAAUUCAAUCCCAAUCUUUAUUACAGUCUUCCAGCCCCUCAGCUUAAACUACUGCACUUCCGGGUGAACUCUAUAACAAUUGAUAAGAAAAGAACAUCAAAACCAGUUUAUGUUUUCCAAAAAGUAUCUACACUGAUUCAAGAGAAAGAAAUUCAUAAAAAUCUUCCUCGUUCUUUAAAAGUAUCAAUUAAUGGAAACAACGAUUUAAAUAUCAAGGGAGAAUUGCAGGGAGGAUCCGACAAUUGCCCAGAAUUUUUUAAAAAAUACCUGCAAGAAUUAGAGUCGUGCAUCUUGCCUUUUAUAUCAUCAGAUAACUGGCUCGGCUUGAAACCUGUUUUUCUCGUAGAGGGACCCCAGGGCUGUGGAAAAUAUCAUCUCGUAAAAAUCCUAUCCCAGAGACUAGGCUUGAACUUCAUGAACGUCGACUGCAGUGAGAUCCAAACCCUCUCUCCUUCCCAGACUGAAGCGAAAAUCCGAAUUGCUUUUAAUAACGCAGAGAAAUCCACCCCCUGCAUCCUGAAACUCUCGAAUAUUCAAAUUCUCGGUAAAAACGCAGAGGGAAAAAUCGACGAGCGAGUCACUUCCAAUUUUUCUCAUCAGCUCACAGAACUCUACUCUACACAAUCUUCUCACCCACUUAUUAUCAUAGCCACAUCGGAAUCCUCCGAGCUGCCAUCAGAUUUCAAUCGGAUCUUCAUAGAAAAAAUAAAAAUAAAGUACUUAAGCCAGAACGAACGCACCGACUUGAUCACAUGGUUCCUGCAAAUCCAAAACAUCAAACACUCAAACGUAGACAUCUCCAAGAUCUCAGCAAUGUGUUCCGAUUUUGUGAUGAAGGACUUGCAAUCGUUGAGUCAAAUUGCUGUAAAAAAUCGCUACAAAAAAACGAGGAACCGCAAAGUUUUGAGACUACAAGAAAGCGAUUUGACCGAUUCAUACAAAUCGAUGCAAUCGAUCUUCUCAGACAAGAUUGGCGCCCCCAAAAUUCCAGAAGUCCACUGGGAAGACAUCGGUGGACUAGCGAGCCUGAAACAUGAGAUAAUUCGAAGAAUAGAACUUCCCCUGAUGCAGAAUUCUGGAAUUCAAAGCUCUGGAAUUCUCCUGUACGGACCACCAGGAACUGGAAAGACUCUUCUUGCGAAAGCAGUCGCUACU